UAAUAUUACUCUGAUAAACGUAUUAUCAUAUAAAUCCUCAGUAUAGUCUCACGCACGGAUGCUACCGUACGUGCGCACGCGCAGUGCAGUGAAAUAACAAUGAUUAAACUAUGGAUUUGCCUGGCUUUAAUAGCCAUAUCGGGAUGUGGAGGUCUCUCUUAUGAUAACGAUGGAUGGUAUGAUGAUUACUGGUACGAUGAUGUUAUAGAUAAAUCAUUUGAUGACGACAUCAAAGAUCCAGCGAAAAGCACAGCUAUAGAAAAUGAUGGUGUGACAAAAACAUCCCCAGUUUAUGCCGAUGAAGGUAUUAUUGCUGAGAGUAGGGCAGAUAGUGAUGAAAAAAAUAUCAAAUCUGAAGGCAACUUUGACGGUAUAAAUGACUACCAGUUUGAAGAUAAUCGAUCAGACUUGGGAGAAGAAAACUUUAAUAACGACGCUAAAACUACAUUGUCUAGUCAAGAUAAUAACGAUAGUAACAAGGAAACUUUGAAUUAUUCCUCUGAAAAAAUAAAUAACGAUCCAAAGUUGUUAUCAACAGCAGGUCCUGAUAAAGAGGACAAGGGAUUAGAUUAUUCAGCUAAAGGUUCCACACAGAUAACAUAUGAUGAUUUAGCAUAUUCGAGCAAUGACAGUGAGAAAAAGAUCAUCGAAGAAACAAAAACAAUUUUAACUGAAGAUACCGAUAAUGAUUUCGUAGAUUUAAAGUCUGGUGAAAAUAAAGAAACUGACCUUAAUGAAGUUAUUGAAGAAACUAGUAAACUUUUCGAUGAUACUCCAGAUUCGCUCGAAGAGGAUGAAAUUACUGAAGAAGACGUCAAUAAUGGGGGUGAAGAUAAUGAUAAUGAAUCAAAGUCUUUUGAGGAUACAAAUAAUAAAACAGAAGAAACUACUGACGAAGAUACAGUAGACAAUGCUUUUAAUGAUUUAAUGUCUGAUAUAGAUAGACUUCAUGAAACAUGGAGCAAACUAAAAGAUUAUGACGAUGAAAAUGUUCAAUCUUCUGAAAUCGGAGAAGACGGAUCGUAUGAUUACGAAGAAAUAGAUGACGAAAACUUAGAACAAAUAUUUGAUAAUGGCAAAGAAUCAAAAACAGAAAAUGCAGAUAAAGAAAAGGAAAGUGUUGAAGAAAAUGUAUCUGAAAAAUCAUCCCCCGUAACAGAAAGUAAAAUGUCUGAUCCCAUACUUUAUCUUAAUGACGCCUUAAUGGCCAGUGAAGCUGAAAAUAGAAACUUAGUGACAAUCAAAACUACUGAAAAAGUUGCGAGUACUACUAUACCUGAAGAUAAUGAAGAUACUACAACACAACAAGGGUCAAUUUUAAGAACGGAAGCAACGAAAACAGACGAAUUAAAGACAACAGAACGGCUAGAGGACUUGUCUAGUGCAGAAGUGCAUGAACUAAUGCAAGAAUUUAGAUCUGAACAUCUAGAAGAAAUAUUAGAGGCAUCUACUUAUUCGGAAGAAGCAGAAUAUAUCGCACUCACAGUUGAUAAGCCCGUAGUAAUAACAUCACCUAACUAUCCGGAACAUUACCCGACGAAUAAAACUGUAGACUGGAUUAUCUCAGGCGAUGGUAUGGGAAUAGAAUUAAACAUUACUGACUUCGCAAUCAACGGCCAUGUUGGCGACUACUUACUUGUAAAACCAGGAAGGAUUGAUGAAAAAGGAUCUGAUGGUCUCCUGUUCUCAUACGUUCUGCGUACCGAGAGACGGUACCGUUUCCUGGACGUCGACAAGAUGUUUAUACGUUUCGAAGCAAAACAGGCCAUGCAGUUCUUAAGAGGUUUUCGCUUGAGUUUACGGAUGGUUGUCCCUAGACCUGGAGCUCCCUUACCAGAUCCAGAGCCAGAACCGGAACCAGCACCGACUCCAAUAUCGACAUUCACCUUGAAUUUAGGAGGCGUUUCGUUUGAUGACUUCUUAAAUAUCGAGGAACAAUUCAGGCUGAUCAUCGCUGACAUGGCUACGUUGUACAUAAAUUCAAACAAUAUCAACCCUGGCAUAAACACCACAAUAGAAACGACACAAAUAACAAGCAAAGCGCUUUGCUUCCACAACUGGCCAAAAUUCGAGCUUUGCACUGAAGUCAGAUUCGGAGUGCCCGUCGUGUAUGACGACGUCGAUGAUGACGAUGAAGAAAUCGAAGCGAGGUUAAACGAAGAAGACUUGAGGAGCAUGUGGGAAACUUAUUCUCAACGCGAUCCUUUCGCUGUCAGACUCAGGGUUUUAGGCAUAACGGAGUACCAGGUCCCCAACGACCGCGACACGCUGAUCGUGUGGCUCGUAAUCGCCGGUGGGGUCGUCAUUUCCAUGGCGAUGCUGGCCUUUGCACUCUGGAGAUACAGCUGUUUCGCGGAUUACACCAGGAUGCCCUCAUUCAGCGACACAGACAGCGUGAAAGAGAAGCGUAACCUGGAUCUGUAUCCCACACCACACCAGACCCUCCCUCCGCUCUACUCCGAGACCGACUACAAAUGGGCUGAUGCCAAAUACGACGACACUGCUAAAGUGGACGUAGGCGGCUACUCCAACAGGAGUUACAUGCAUAACGACAUCUACGACAUCGACUCUGACGAGGACGCGAUGACGCCUCGCGAUAGGUACACAACAGACGUGUAGCCGUAACUCAUAUGAUUAUAUAUAAUCGAAAUUCCGGCAUCAGCCCACGUGACAUAUACAGUGUUUAAGCAAUACCGAAGGGCGAAGUUAUGCUUUGUAUAGAAAUUAUUCGAGGCUUAGACUAUGAUAUUGUGAUUUUAAACCAUUUGUUGUAUAGACUCCUAUUUGCUUUAUAAUUUUUGAACUAUAAAAAUAUAUUUUAACUUCCUCAAGAAUAUUUCUAAACGAACAAAUUUCAUAUUAUUAAAUACGCGAUAUUAAAACUUAUUUACAAAAAUAUGUCAACUAGAAUAUUAUUUACAUGAUAUAGUAUGUAUACAAGUGUAUUUUAACGGCGAUGUAAAGCAAAUAGGGGUAUAUGAUAUUAAGCCUAAGCUACAUACAUAGGUGUUGUAUACAAUAUAGUGUAUUUAACUUAUACAUAAUUAUACAUAGUGACGAUUAGUUGUAACUUACCUAUUGUUGUGAUUUUUAUUAAAAUAAAAUAAUAGAUUUUAA